AUGUUAACUCUCUUUCGCCUUAAUGACAGUAGAAAAUUAGCCUACAUGGCGAACCAGUCAUAUCAUUUUCCCAUUCUCUUGUCUACCGAUCGAAAAAUCCAUAGGCGUCCUCUUACCUCUCCCCCGGUUCUAAGUGCAAAGAGUAACUUGGCAUCGAGUCCUAAUCCCCUUUACGAUCUACGAAGAGUAAAUACCAUCUUCAAUUUUAGAAGAAAAAUAUGUCUUUCAAGGAAGCUUUCUAAAUGUUUCUUACCAUCACUACAGAAUAAAGAAUCGUAUCGCCAAACCUAUUACAUGAUAAUUAAUUGA